AUGGUCUCUCAGGAUUUUCACAGCCAAGAAAAAAGAGAAGCUGGGAAAAAGCGCACGAAUGAGAUUGAGGGUCAUUGUUUUACUUUGAUGGAGCUGAAUAAAAACCUGAACAAUCUCAUUGAGAGAGCCUGUGCUUUGCAUGACAGAAUCAAUGAUAAUUUACAUGAAGAAAUCAAAUUCUGCAGAUUUUGUUCAGAACAUGGCGAACUUGUUAUUUUCUUGUUGUUUGUAAUUGCAAAAGAUUUUCUGAAACAUAUUCAUCAGUUCCAGUCUGUUGGGCAGGGUUUACAGUCUUGCCAGGAAAUACAUCGGCACACAACACUUAAACAUUUAGAAGAAAGCAGGCUGACUUUGAUUGAAAAAGUAAACCAACACCAGAAGAUCAAUGGGAGAAGACUUGAUGUGAUUGAAGAGUUGAAUGCAAGUUUUGGUGAUGGUAAAACUGCUUUUACUUGGUAUUUCAUUGAUACAAUGGAGAAAAAGGUCGAACACAGAGCAAGGAACAGAAUUUCUAGUGUUCUUAUUAACUACAUUCCUAGUUUAUUCAAACCAUGGAACUGGCAUAAAACUGCAAAGAUCGCCAUAGCGUUUAUUUUGGUUUCAGCAAGCAUAUCGUCUGGAAUUAACUUCACACAUAAUAGGAAAGAAAAUAACAAGUCCCUAAGAGAAAUUCGUUCUUCUGUUGAUUCCACAACCGCGAGAAAACAGUACCUUUUACUUUCUAAGUCAAGCAGAACUUUAGAUGUCUGCAAUGGAAGGGGAUGA